GGCCGCGAUGGCGGCGGCGGCGGCCGGCGAGGAGCGGCAGAUGCUCGCGCAGAGGCUGAAGGCGGCGGUUCACUACACAGUCGGGUGCCUGUGCGAGGAGGUGGAGGAGGACAAGGACGUGCAGUUCAGCAAACAGUGCAUCGCGGCCAUCUCGGACAUCACGUUCCGGCAGUGCGAAAUCUUUGCAAAAGACCUCGAAAUGUUUGCAAGGCAUGCAAAACGAACCACAGUCACUACAGAAGAUGUGAAGCUUUUGGCUAGAAGAAGCAAUUCUUUGCUAAAAUAUAUCACUCAGAAGAGUGAAGAGCUUGCAUCAAAUAACAUGGAGCAGAAGGAGAAGAAGAAAAAGAAGUCCAGCACAGCUAAGGGAGAGAGAAUUCCUGGAGAACAAGAAGCAGUUGUGACUGAAAAUGAAGAUUCCAACAUGGCAUGAUGUAUCUUUUGAGUAAUGUUUCAGGUCAUUUACUAUCCUAGAGAAACCAAAAUUAGCCUAUUCAUCUUGCAGGUUAGGUCCAGGAAUGAAUCUUUAGGUUUUCAGGUGAAUGCGACUGGAUUUUUAUUGUUCCAAAAAUGGAAAGUCUGUCAGAAUUCAGUAAGCUUACAGCCAAAAUGCCUUAAUUGCUCACAAAAGGUAUCUAUUAUUAAAAUCAAAAUACUUUAAAUAAAGAGUUUGAAACAGACCAUUCUCA